ACCAGGAUGGGCAAGCCGAGUGGUUUAAAGACGGCUCGCAAGCUCCGUGUACACCGACGGGACCAGCGCUGGCACGAUCUGGGAUACAAGAAAGCUCAUCUGGGAACACGAUGGAAGGCUAACCCUUUCGGAGGAUCAUCUCACGCUAAAGGAAUUGUCCUGGAGAAAGUCGGAGUCGAAGCCAAACAGCCCAACUCAGCCAUCCGAAAAUGUGUCAGAGUACAGCUGAUUAAAAACGGGAAGAAAAUCACAGCUUUCGUCCCCAACGAUGGUUGUUUGAACUAUAUUGAGGAGAAUGACGAGGUUCUCAUUUCCGGGUUCGGACGAUCUGGUCAUGCCGUGGGUGAUAUUCCCGGUGUGAGAUUUAAGGUGGUUAAAGUUGCCAGUGUGUCGCUCUUAGCCCUUUAUAAGCAGAAGAAAGAAAGGCCAAGGGCUUAAUUUUAUUAUUUAUGUGAAUUGUUUUUAUUUAUUCAUAUA